CGUAUCCAACACGCAAGACUUUUGUUCAAGAGAGAGUCGAUCCCUGUCAAAUACUACCAGGGAAUAACAUCAAGACGACUUUUCAGCCUACUUUCUCACUAUCAAUAAUGAAGUCCCAGACGAUGGAAGCCACAUACACCACUACCACGAACGAGAAGGGCGAGACAGUGAUCACAGCCACCAUCAAUGAAGAUGAUGACCCUAUCAUAACUCCCGGGGAGUGCAUCGACGACGUCAGCGAAAUGUCUAUCGGAGCGAGUUUCGGACCUUUCAAGCGUCAGCCUGUGCAUGAAACAAUGACACUUGCAGCACUCAUUGCAUCAGACUUGAAGCUGGACCCAAGCAUGACCUACAACAAGGCCAUCAAGGAUUACCAUAAAGACACCCUUGAAUUUCUGCGUGGCAUUGUCUGGAAUGACGAUCCAGAGAAUGAACUGUUUAGUGACGGCUGGCUAUUCAACAACGACAACUUCUUCCGUGGUACAGGCGCAGAUUGGCUAAUGCGCUUUGGAAAAGGCAAGCUCCCCGGUGCUGAUUGCACAAAGGAUGGUUUCAUUGGCAGCACCAAUCUCAUCGCAAGGUCACAUUUUGGUGACCUCCAAUUCCUCCACAGCAUGGCAGACAAGGAAGGAGAGAAUCCGCAGGACACUCAAAGGAAAAUCGUGGCUUGGCUUGAGAUCAUGUACAAGGUCGCUAUUGGACAAAUCUCUAAAGACACCAGAUUGCGAGACGUCGAUUUGGGCCACGGCGACGAACAAGAACGAUAUCCCUUACGUCGCCUCUUCAACGGCUCUACGGCACCCAAGGACACUGACUCAAUCCACACACUCCUGACCUCAAACACAUCGUACAAACACGUCAUGCACGACCGCCGCGCUCUCGGCAGCUGCUUACACGUCAUUCAGGACUCGUAUGCGCGCGGACACUGCCAUCGCAGAACCCAGUACAACGGAAUUCCCAAGCAAUAUGCCGAUGUCAUGAACUUCCACUCAUACAAAGGCCAGGACUCACACGACCACGACCGCUUCGACUUCGGUGACAGGGAUAUGGAGAACGUCAAUUGUGCUGAUAUUAGCCAAUUUAAUGACAUGGAUGGAUGCACAGAUGCUAUCCGCCAGUGUACGAAACUGAUCAAUUUCUGGCUGAAAAAGACGCCGUGGGAGGAGAAUGUGUGGGCUUGGUUGCAGAACGAUAUUUUCCAGAUAGCGCAUAACGCCACUCCUUCAAACACGGAGGUUAAUUAGUAUCUACCACUGAUGAGUUUCCUCCUUUUCCACACCGUUACUAUCUUUUCUCCAACCUGCACACCUUGCGUUUGGCGCUAUGCCAUGCU